CCCUUUAAAAAUUAAAUACCCUUAGUAGAAGAAUUGUGCCGUAAUACAGUGAAAUGAAAUAGGCGAAAUAUAGAUACUUGUAUAUUUGUAAGAAUGGGGAAAAAAGAGGUUUCGGCGAAUUCUCAGCCGACGAAUGGAAAAAAUGUUCCGGCGUUAAACACGGCCUACGAUCUGGAGUUUCUGUGUACAACAUGCGAGCGUGAUGGUGUACAGAAUGAGGCCAGCAACUACUGUAUGGAAUGUGAGGCGAACCUCUGUCUAAUGUGUGUUGGUCAACAUAAGAAGUUUCCGACGAUGCGAGGUCAUAAAAUUCUAGGAAAGUCCGCUCGUCGGCAUAUCAAUAAAGACGUGGAAGAGGAAGAGAAUCUGUUGGAAUGUCAUAACCAUCCUGGAAAAAUGGUGGACAUGUACUGUCGAGAACACGACGAAGUGUCCUGUGGUGGUUGUAUGGCCGUGUACCACAAGACUUGCUCUGACGUCACUUUCAUAUCAGAAGCUUCGAAGAAUAUUCUGAAAGGCAAAGAUUAUAAAGAUAACAAAGUAAAUGUCAAAAAGAUGAAGAAAGAUUUCGAACAACUCAAGACAGUUGUUGAGAACAGUCUCGUUAAUUUAGCACAGCAGAAUGAUCGCGUGUUGGCAACAAUGAAAGACAUUCGUUUGCGGGUCAAUGAACUUCUUGACGAAAUGGAACGCAAAACUAUCCUUCAGAUGAGAGAGAUAUACACCAGGAAUUCUGUACAGAUUAACGAAGAUAUUCUCCGAUGCGAGGCUGUCUUGAAAUCAAUGCGUCAAUUAGAACGGGAGCUGGACAAACCGUUAAGCCCGACUAACAUGGAGCCAGAUAUUUUCAUAUACACGCACCGUGCCAAGCGUAAACUCAUUGACGGAAAGCAAUAUUUCGCCGCCAUAAAGAGGGGUACGCUAGGAGAAAGAAUAAAGUUUGUUGUCGAGCCAAGCAUCGAAGAAUGGCUAUACAACAUGCGAAAUGGCCUGCUUGGUCAUUUUAUCUUCAAGUAUCGCCUGAAUGAGAUUCACAUUGGUGUUGAAGACGACAAGGAAACAUGUGUUAUUAAUGGCGCAUCUGUCGUAGCAGACGAACGAAUUCUCAUGACCGACUGGGGGAACAAGAAACUCAAAUUGCUUGAUAAAUUUUUCUCCGUCGUGGAUAAUAUCCAACUCCCAUCGGCACCGAAUGACGUUUGCCACAUUUCAACCAAUGAGGCAAUGGUCAGCCUUCCAGACGAGAAAUCAUUACUUGUUGUAAAAGUAGAUCCAAAACUCACACUUGGAAAGAAAUUAGAUAUUGGAGUAGAAGGAAGAGGUAUGGAGUAUUGGGCCGGCGAAUUAUUUAUCAUCUGCGGAGGGUUAGAACAUGAGGUCAAAGGACACUUGCGUAUAUAUACAACACAAGGAAAACUCAUUCGCGCCAUCGAACACGACCAUCUACAAGACGGAAUCUUCUCAAUACCUAUGCGCAUCGCUAUUUCCAACGAUGGCAGCAAGAUUUAUGUAACGGAUGGAGAGAAAGGCCUCAUCACACUGAAAAAAUCAGGGGAAGUAACACCGCCAUUUUCAGACCCGGAAAUGAAAUGGCCAUGGGGGAUUUGCGUGGACAAUAACGACCAGCUAUUUAUCUGCGGUAGCAGUUCUAAUAACGUUGUGCAGGUGCGAGAAAACGCUAAGAUAGGCGUGGCAUUAAGAGCUGAGGACGGGCUCAAAGACCCUAUGUCAAUAUGCUUUUUCCCGGUUGGUUCCCGACUUAUUGUCACCACAAAUAAGUCGAACUUUAUAAAAGUGUUCACACCAAUGUAAACUACACUGCCGAGUAGAACAGCAAAUGUGAAAAGUCAAUUGAUAAUUGGGUGAAACUGAAAAAAUAAAAUCGUCUUGUAAAUUGAAUGUACAUUUGAACAUUAAUUUAUAUUUAAUUAGUUUCUAUCUAUAUACAUGUUAUAUCACUAUAUGAAUGCUUUCUUGUUGUUGUUUUUUUUAAAGAAAAUGGAAAUAAAUUAUUUAUU